AUGGGCAGCCUGCCGGCGGACGAGCCCGCUCCGGAAAACGACAUCAUGCAGCUGGCCCGCAUCGGCGACGUGGCCGGCAUGGAGAAGCUGUUUGAGUCGGGCGAGUUCGACGCCACCUACAGCGACGACGAGGGCAUCACGCCCUUGCAUUGGGCUGCCAUCAACAACCAGUAUGCCAUGUGCGCGUUCCUCAUCGAGCACGGCGCCGAGCUCAACAAAAAGGGCGGCGAGUCCAUCGCCACGCCUCUGCAGUGGGCAGCCCAGCGAUGCCACUACUAUACCGUCAACCUGCUGCUUCAGCGCGGCGCCGACCCCCUCAUCACCGACUCGCAGGGCUACAACACCCUCCACAUCUCGACCUUUAACGGCAACGUCUUGCUCAUUGUCCUGCUGCUGCACCAGGGCAUCCCGGUCGAUGUGCUCGACAGCUACGGCCACACGGCGCUCAUGUGGGCGGCUUACAAGGGCUACCCCCAGCUGGUCGACGUCUUCCUGCGAUGGGGUGCUAAUGUACACGCCACGGACGAGCAGGGCUUCACCCCGCUGCACUGGGCGCUGGUCAAGGGCAAUGCCGCCUGUGUCCUCAAGAUGAUUGAGUACGGCGCCGACCGCUUUGCCAAGACGGACACGGGCAAGACGCCGGCCCUUACGGCUACGGAGCUCAACACAACGCCAGCAUGGCACCGUGCGCUGCGCGAGUGCGGCUAUGACGAGGACGGUCAUGUCGCAACGCCGCCGUGGCCGGGCGCAAGCUACUUUCUCAAAGACAAGAAGGCCUUUCUCACAAAGUUCCUCUUCCUUUGGCCUUUCCUCAUGGUCUUCUCCGUGCUGUUGAUCCUGUCCAACUUUCCCGUCUUCCUUGGCCUGCCGCUGGCAGUGGGCGCGGCAUACGGCCUUCUCUGGGUCGCCAAGCAGGUGCUCGAGUAUGCUCCCUCGGAUAUGCGAGCCUUUCACAAGACUCCCUGGAUGGCAGGUAUCUUUGCCGGAUCGCUGUCUUUAGUCGGCCUCAAUUGGUUCAUAUUUAUCCUACCGGCAACCAUUGGAUGGUGGGGCGGAUCCUCACACUUUCUCCUGAACGUUGCCUUUGGCGCGGCUUUCGGUUUGACGGCCUUUUUCUAUAUUGCCUCGAUGCGAUAUGACCCGGGCUUUGUGCCCAAAAUGAACGGAAUCGCCGAGCAGAGGGCCGUCAUUGAUGAGCUUCUCAAGUCGUGGAAGUUUGACGAGUCCAACUUUUGCGUUGUUUGCAUGAUCCGCACGCCGCUACGAAGCAAGCAUUGUCGACGCUGCCAGCGAUGCGUGGCCAAGCAUGACCAUCACUGUCCAUGGAUAUUCAACUGCGUUGGCGUAAACAACCACCGUCAAUUCUUCUUCUACCUAAUCUCCCUAACUAUUGGAAUUCCUCUUUUCGACUGGUUGUUGUAUUAUUAUUAUGAACAAAUCACCCCUUCAGCCUCGGAGACUUGCACUCUCUUUGGCCCAUCUGUCUGCAAAUAUAUCAAUGCUGACUCGUACACGCUUUUCCUCGCCAUCUGGGCAUCCCUUCAGCUUUUGUGGGUGUCCAUGCUGCUCUUCACGCAGUUCAUCCAGGUCUCCCGCGCCAUGACCACGUACGAGAACAUGACCGGCAUACGUGUUAACAGCUCCAUGUCCACGGCUUUUACAUCCACAGGUGCUCCGCUUGACCCCAACCAUCCGUCUCUUUCUGUACCUGCAGCACCAGCAGGCGCUCACGCCGGCCACGGCCACGGCCAUGGCCAUAAACACGGCGGGGGUCUUUUCAAGCAGUGGAGCCAGCUCCUCGGAGUCGAUCCCUUCAUCGAGACCAUUACCGGCCGCGGCGCAGCCACGACCAAGAAUAAGCGCAAGAAGAAGAAUCCGUUCAGCAGGGGCUGCGUUACAAACUGCAAGGACUUUUGGUGCGAUUCUGCUCCCAUAUUUGGCCAGCGAGAAACGGGACAGGCGUCUCUUGGUGGCGAUAAAGUCGACUACACGGCAAUGUAUGAGACACCCACUCUCAUGAACAUUACUGGAAUGAGAACUCGAGGCGGAUAUGAAGCCGUUGAAACGGAGGAGGUGUAA